GGCGCUGACGCGGCUAGAAGAAGCCAGAUGUGACGUCACUCCAAAGGGCGGGAAAUCCGUAGCAGCUUCAUGUAAACAAACCCAGAGAGAAGAAGAAGAAGCAGGUUUAACACCGCGCGAACAGCUGUCAUGGACCUCGGCUCCUUCCACACUAACUCCUCCGUGAGCUGCAGGCUCGCCUCUCGGAUCCCUGAUGUCUGCCGGACCGAGGACUGCUGCCUGGGCAUCGACGAGGCGGGCAGGGGGCCAGUGCUGGGGCCCAUGGUGUACGGGAUCUGUUUCUGUCCGGUUUCCAGGAAGGAGGAGCUGAAAGCCUUGAAGGUGGCAGAUUCAAAGACUCUGACGGAGGCGGAGAGGGAAAACCUUUUUGAAAAAGUGGACGGAGCCAACAGUUAUGUCGGCUGGGCUCUGCAGGUUCUCUCACCAAACACCAUCUCCACCAGCAUGCUGCAGAGGACUAAAUACAACCUGAACGCUCUGUCACACGACACAGCGAUCGGCCUCGUACAGUACGCGCUGGACAAUGGAGUGCAGCUCAAAGAGAUAUUUGUGGACACAGUCGGCCCCGCAGACAAGUACGAGGACAAACUCUCGAAGCUGUUCCCGGGUAUCGAUGUGACCGUGAGGCCAAAGGCCGACUCUCUCUUCCCCGUCGUCAGCGCAGCCAGUAUCUGUGCGAAGGUGGCCCGGGAUCGUAUCGUAAAGGGCUGGAACUUUCCUGAAGACCUCGGAGACGUGGACCCAGAAUACGGCUCCGGAUACCCUGGCGACCCUAAGACUAAAGCGUGGCUCCUGAAGUAUCUGGAUCCCGUGUUCGGUUUCCCUCAGUUUGUUCGAUUUAGCUGGAGCACGGCCCAGACUCUGUUGGACAGCAAGGGUGUGACUGUCCACUGGGACGACGACGAGGAGGACGGGGAGAAGGCGGCGCAGCGGCAGAACAACAAGUCCAUGUUGUCCUACUUCAGCGCGCCGGCUGGAGGUAACAACCAAAACCCGACCCACCAGACACACCGCUUCUUCACCGACCGGAGGCUGAAGAGCCUCGACACACUCUGAAGACCACACACACACACACACACACACACACACACAGGAAACUAUACUGCAAGUCUGUGUGAGAUUUUCACUCGGCCUUCGAGACGCGGAUGGACUUUGAUCAAACGUUACAGACAGACUCUAAAUGACGAUCUUUCUUUAUUUGUCCUGUUUUUUUUAUACAUAAAAUUAAUGUUUAAUACUCCC